AUGGAUACUCAAGAAGACGAAGCGAAGAUACCUUUACCCCAGUUCUUGAAGCUGCUUACGAGCAACAACAUCCCUAUGCCGAAAGCCAUGGCUGUUGCUGGUAAAGUUUACAAAGAGCAUAACACUCCGGCAGCAUUGCGGCAGCUGACUGAAGCUAAAUUGACGGCAUUGGGAAUUGACAGCCAAGAGGACCGGAAACUCGUUGUGAAUGCCCUGCGCAAGGCGGGAUAUACUGCGAAGUCACCACGGCAGAAAGUACCCAAGCUGAACAAAGAUGUUGCUGAUACGUCGAGCCAUGCACUCCCAGGACCCGUCGCAUCCACAUCUGCACCUACGUCUCCUGCAAAGAGGAAGGCCAUCCAGUCGACAACUCCCAAGAAGCGAAAGCGCAAACCUGCUGGUGAUGCGAACGAGUUCCUUCCAGGUGCUCCUCCAGAAGAGAUCGAGAACGACGAAAGAUGGGAUUUCCAAGAAGUGUUGGAUGAAGAGGUUCUGAGGACCAAAUCCACGGUUGUCAAUCGUGCUCCUGUUAUGAUGGCCUGGGCAAUGUAUGUCGCUGAACGAAUGCAUUUCUCGAGAUCAGAAGCAUUGAGUAUUGCGUCUGUAUACACCGAAAUGAACGCGAUCUCGAAGGGAAUCUCAGUCGGAAUAUAUAACAAAGACAAGGAACGAGGAAUUGAGGCAGAGAAGUAUGGCCCUCAACCCUAUGUCGAACUUAUGGGACGAAGUCCUCUCUACCGAAACACCCUAGGUCAAUGGCGUGCACUCGCAAACAACAAGCCUGUUCCUCCCAUGUCUGCGUUCUCGUAUAUCACUCGGGCAUUCCGGCAAACGCUUCCACAUGUCAUGGGUUCUCUCAGACUACUGGCAGAAAGCUACAGCUCUGGAGAGCUCAACGGGAAAGCUUGGUCGCUGUACGCAGACUUCCGCCCCGAGGUCAAUGAAUGGGGUAAACGGUCAGAAGUUCAUUGCUCGGUCAUACUCGACCUCCGUCGAAAGAUCCCAGAACGGAACGUUGAACAACCGAGGGCAGAAGAAGCCGACCAGCAGCCGAAUGUACGUUAUGAAGCUUCCCAAGAGGCCGGUCAGCAUGAAGCAGAAGAGCCCGAACCCAAGAAGUUGAAAACCAUGACGGUCGAGGAAUACGAAGCCAUCUUGGACGACGAUACCACCUUCGACGACGUGGAUCUUGAUUUCGUCGUCGUCGAUCCACCUUUAACUGAAGAUACAAACCUGGGAACAGUAUGA